AAUAAUGGGGGAAAACAAUGAAAAUCAUAAAACCCGUCAACAACAAGAUCUGAGCGGCAGAUCAACUUACAGUUUGGUUUACCGUUACAGUUUCUUUGUCUUUUGGCUAUUAGAUUUUUAUCGAGGACAGUCGAUUAGUUCUUAAAUUUCCUAGUUGAUUUCGUCACAAUGCCUCGAGGCCAAUAACACGAUCAAACACGCCAAUGUCGUCUACACACACACACAGCAAGUCCAUAGUGUGUGACACGCAUGUCAUAAUAGUAAGUGCUAACCAUUUCCUUCGAAACGAUCGGGCGGGAACAAAGCAUCUUGGCUCUUAUCUACAAGUCAGAUCGCGCCAAAAAUAAAGAGUCGAAAUUCGUCUGUUGAUUGCUCAUGUGCUGUCAUUGAGUACCAGGUUGUAGACAUUCCAAAAUGGAGCAAUGCGACCAAGACACCAUACUGCGCUCCUUGGUGGAUUUGACCAAGCUUCUCGACUUGAAUCCUACAUUCCUCUCUCUCCUGCAGCAGAAAUAUCGGAUCUUCUCCCCCGAAAUGGUCGAAGACAUUUUGAAAAAUGAAACUCCACAGUUGGAAUUCUGCUUCAUGCUUGUUAGGAGAGGCCCUAAUGCCUUUAAUAAUUUUUUGGGUGCCUUACAAGAAACCAAUCAAACUGAUGUUUUGAGGGUGCUGGAGAUGACUCGGGCAAACCUGAGCCAGCCUCCCAAUCUGUUCAUCCAUUCCAGGGAAUCAUCGAAUGCUAUUAAUAUAAGAAGAAGAAAUCAGAGUGGAGAAAAUAGAGACAACAGUAAUGGAGAUUUCAGUUCUGCAAAUGUGCAGUACUCUUCUUCUCUACCUGGUUGUGAAGAAUACAGGAGAAGAGUGCUUCAACCUGCUAGAUACGUUGAAGUGGACCCCUUCACCCCCGUCACCCGGGAGCGUAGCAGUUCGUUUCGCUCUGCCCUUGUGACCGAUGCCGCUCCCGAUUACAAUUUGCUAGAUAUUCGCGUGACGAUCGGAGAAGAAAUCAAAGGUCUCGGCCAGGACAUUUAUCCGAAUCGACACAUUUCUCCCAGGGGCCUGGCCUUGAUUAUGAAUUUUGAAAAGUUCAACGGCAACAUUGUUGGACAGCGUAUUGGAUCGGAAAAGGAUGUCAUACAUCUCGACCAGCUGCUGCAGCAACUUGGCUAUAAAGUCAUAAUCAAAUCUGAUUUGACUUGGAUGGAAAUGAAUGACGAGCUGGAAUCAUUUACCAAAAGCGAGGACCACAUUGUAGCAGAUUCCGUGAUUGUAGCCGUGAUGAGUCACGGAAAGAGCGGAACCCACGACGAAGGAACUCUCAUCUACACCAAGGACUGCAAAUUCUUUUCUUCUGAAGAUCUGCUCCGCCGAUUCAACAAUUUGAAUUGUCCUUUGCUCAAAGGAAAACCCAAGAUUUUCUUUUUUCAGUUUUGCCGGGGUGAUAACAUCGACAUUGGCCAUCGAGUUUCUCCCAUAAUUUUCCAAUCUGGUCGCACUGUUACAGAUGGCAAUCCCGUUCCGACAUCUCCAACAGAAAUCGAGAGAUCAUACGGUGACAUGCUCAUCACAUAUUCAACGCUUCCAGGCUAUGUUUCAUAUCGCGAGGAAAGCGAAGGUACCUGGUUUAUCAAGGCUCUCAGUUUGACAUUUAUGAGAGAUGCUCAUGAAUGCCACGUCGAUCGUCUACUGCAAAUAGUCGACGAGCAGAUUCGUCACUGGACUGGGACGAAAAACGGGAAGCAAACUUUGGAAAUCAUCAAGCGGGGUUUCAACCGCAAGUUCUACUUCAACCCUGGGCUCUGGAAAUGAUCUCUUGUCAUGCUCUCAAGAAACAACGACUUUCAGACUCUUUAUCAACGAAUUAAUUGUGGUAUUAUUAGUACUUAAUUUGGCCUUCCAAUUCAUUCAUAUCGUGUAUUGGAAUUUGCAAUCAAGUGUCUUUCACAGUGCACCUUACACAACGAUUAGAUCUAAGAGGUUUUCUUCCUUCACUUUUGCAAUUUGUUGUGUGUGUCAGUGAGCUUAGCCAGGCUCAAAUUUGUUUCAGAGUGGAUUUUUUGCCGUUCAGCAAGGAAGAAAAGGUUGCUGUUACCAUGACUUUGAUAUACUCUCUGUGGAAAAAAGCAUAAAUAUUGUUUAGUUAUAUAGUUACUCUUUCGCGCUCUCUAUUAUCCGAAAUACACAGACCGCAUUCUUCUUCAAA